AUCUAUUUACAUUAAUGAACAAAUAUUGUAGUAUACAACAUAGCACUCGCAGAUGGGAAUUCGAGCUGAAGACCGGUGCCGACAGUGGCCUGUUGCUGUAUAACACGGGGCAAUCAUCCUACGCCGAUUACCUAGGUAUUGAGCUGCUCGAGGGUAAGAUUCGGCUAUUGAUGAAUAAAGGAAACGGCCCGACCGAGUUGACGCACGGCACUCUGGUGGCUGACGGUAAAUGGCACAGCAUAACCGUGGAUUUCAAUCCGAACGGGCUCGGCAUCGCCGUUGACCGUCACGAGAAAACAAUGGCUCUGCCAUCCGGUGGCAAUCGGUUCCUCGAUCUGGCAGAUACAUUGUACAUCGGCGGCACGGAGUUGAACAAACGCGCUCGGGCCUUGGGCAAGGGCCUUAGAUCCGGCGACGUGAGUUACAAGGGCUGCAUACGCAACAUGAUCCUCGACAACAAGGACCUCGGUUUAGCGGACGUCAAGGUCAGCCAGGGCAUCGUCGUGGGCUGCGUCUGGGGAUAUCCGUGUAUCGAAGCCGAUCCCUGCGUAUCCGGUGCAUCGUGCAUGCAACUGGGUGUCAACUCAUUCAGGUGUAACUGCGACCAGUCGCUGUGCAUCAAGCCGAAUUACGCCGAGGACUACAAGAUCUAUUCGAAUACCACCCUUCCUGUAAAUUUGGAAAUUCUCUCUUUGAGUCCUCUAAUAGUGUUCGAGGGGGAACACGUGUUGGUAACGAGCGAAAACAUCGCGAUGGUACUGGACAUCGCCAAAUACGGCGUGGAAGAAGUUGGUGUCACAUUUACCUUGGUGACACCGCCAACUUACGGAACAUUGGCGUUGGAUCUCCUAACAUCUCGAAAUGAUCACUCCUUCACGUUGCAAGACAUUAAUCGGGAUAAGAUACAGUAUAUGCAUGACGGUAGCGAAACCACAGAGGACAGCAUGAUUCUGGAAUUGACGUUGGUGGCCGGGACAGGCUAUGCGCUUCCAGGAUACCUCCAAGGACGCCUCAGAUUCCCUCUUCACGUUAAUGUCACUCCUGUCAAUGACCCGCCGUUACUCGAGAUCCCGACCGCGAAAGUGCUGCGUCUGGCUCAAGGUACAAGAAAAACACUGACCAAGGAGUUAAUAUGGGCUAUAGACGCCGACACCCCGUCGGAAAUGCUGAUUUAUACGGUUUUACGAGCAGACACCGACGCGGGGCACAUCGAGAGAGUUACUCAUCCGUUUCGACCUAUCGACACGUUCACGCAAGCCGAAUUGAUGCAAGGUCUCAUCGCGUAUGUGCAUCGUGGAAACGCUAAACCGAAUGCAAUGUUGGGUUUACAAGUGAGCGAUGGCAUCGAGAGUAGUCAGCCCGCGUAUCUGCGCGUAUCAGCUUACCCGCUGCAAAUCAAGCUGAUGCACAAUACCGGCCUCAUUGUGGUGCAUCGUUCGUUCUCUUACCUGACACCGGCGAAUCUCUCGUUCGCCACAAACUCGGACGACAACACCAUCGACAUUCGUUACGACGUCGUCUCGCCGCCACAAUUUGGUGUUUUGCAGAAAUUGAAGGACGUAUCCGGCAGUUGGGCGAACGUAGACCACUUUACCAGCCGGGACAUGGAAUUACACAUCGUUCGUUACCUUCAUAACGUCGGCAGCCCUAAUCAGGACGAGUUUAAAUUCCAAGCGAGCGUGCGCGAGGUGAAGACCCAGCAGACCUACGACUUCCGCAUUACUUUCAUCGAUCUCGAGCUGAAGGAGACCAGAAGGGUGCCUAUUAAUCUCACCAAUACGUCGAACGUCACUAUCACGAGCGGCCACUUGAGGUACCAGACGAAUCCGCUGGUUACAACACCAAGUAAGAUCGUCUUUACUCUCAUAACGGGACCAAGAUACGGCAAUUUAUUUCUGUUCGAUCAUAAACUCGUGGCGGCUGAUACCUUCACGCAGGAAGACAUCGAGGCCGAUAGACUGAGCUACCGUCUAUUCAGACGAUCCUAUUCCAAUAUCCUCGACGAAAUAACGUUUAAAGUUAACGCGCCUCAGUGCGUCGAUAUACACGCCAAUUUGAAAGUUCGAUACUAUCUCGGCAAGAACAGCAAACCACUGGAGGGUGCGGAAAACUUGAAAGUUGACGAAGGCUCGAAAGUACCUUUGAGAAUCACACAUGUGAAUCCGAAGGAAUACGGUGUAUCCUCUCUGAUAUACAAUCUCACCAUCAAACCGGAUCACGGUUGGCUCUCCAUCGCAAACAGUUCGAUAUUGCAGGAUCAAAAAAAUGUCUCGUCUUUUACGUUAGAAGACGUAUUGACGCAAACGGUAUAUUAUGUGCACGAUGAUUCCGAGACAAAAGAAGAUUCUUUCGAGUUUGUGGCAACGUCCAUGGAUUCCACGGAUUUUAUGUACGUCGGGAAAUUUCGAAUUGAGAUCAUCAUGAAAAAUGAUAAUCCGCCAGAGCGAACGAUCGAUAGAGUUUUUUACGUCGUGUCGAGAGGCGAAAAACUGUUAACAAACAAGGACCUCGCGUACAUGGAUAAGGACAUUGAUACUAGAACGAGCGAGCUUAUUUACACCAGGAGGGAUGCGCGGAAGAGUGGAUUAUACAGGAUAACUAAUCCCUCGGUACAAAUACGCGAAUUCUCGCAACAAGAUAUCAACGACGGUAUGAUACUUUUCCGGCAUCAGGGAGAUGAACGCGAGAAAAUUGAAUUCGGCAUCACCGACGGUCACUUUUACAGGACUGGUGUUCUUGAAAUUCAAGCCAGCCCGCCGUACAUCAGGUUACGAGAGAGCAACGGUUCGAUCGUCCAGUUCAACAAGUCCGUGGUACUUCAAUCGAAAGAAUUGGAGAUAGAAACGAACGUGUAUGUUUCGGAGAAGGACAUAAAAUACAGUGUAUGGGAAAAACCAAAGUACGGUAAAUUGAUGAAGCACAAUAGAGAGUCGAGCAGUUUUACGGAAGACGAUUUGAAGCACGGUAUUGUGUUAUACAAGCACUUGGGUGGAUCAUUAACAAAAGACACUUUUAGAUUUAAAGUGUUCGUCAAGGGCGCAGAUGCCGAAGGUGUGUUCACAAUCAAGAUCUAUCCAGAGAGCUAUUGGGAAUCGUUGAUUAUUCAAAACAACAAGACGCUGUUCGUCGAGGAAGCCACUAGCAUUCUGCUGAAUCGGAAGAGCCUCGAGAUAAUGCAUCCCAAAAUAUCGCCAACGGAAAUUGUCUAUUUCGUGCGAGAGUGGCCGCGGAACGGCUAUCUAGAACUACAAAUCCACGACGAGCAGAGCGAGGAGGUGAGGGAGGAGUACAGCGGUAACGCGGUGAAGCAUUUCGAGCAGAGUCUGAUAAACGACAAUCGCGUCUUCUACGUUCAAUCGGUGAUGAAUCAGACGAACGAUCGUUUCGUCGUGGACGUUACCAACGGUAUUACGUGGUUGCGCGGUCUAAGUGUGAACUUCGUGGUAGUGCCGGAGAAACUCUACGUCGAGGCGAAGAGCUUCAUCGUGGUGGAGGGGAAAAGCGUGAUACUAAGCGAGACGAACUUCUUAGUUGUGACGCCGUAUUACGCCGGUAAGAUAUCAGAUUAUAGAAUAGUAGAGAAACCGAGGCACGGCACGAUUCUCGAUGCCACGAAGAACACCCAGGUGAAGAAGUUUUCGCAAAAGCAUCUGAACGCUGGGGUCAUACUGUACAAGCACAACGGAGAUGAAUUUUUGAGGGACUCCUUCAGGAUGGUGGUUACCGCUAGUGACAAAGUGAGCGAGCCCUUUGAUGUAUCGAUCAUCGUCCAGCCCGUUAACGACGAGAUUCCCGUGCUAGUGAAUAGAACUAAGCUAAACAUUUGGCAAGGCGGUUCCGUUAUUUUGACGUCGACAAACUUAGCAGCUGCAGACAAUGACACUGCCCCGUACGAUAUAACAUUCAACGUUACUGGAGUGAGAAAUGGAUACAUCUCAUUAAUCACCUCACCCGACGUGGACAUUUAUAAUUUUACACAGAGCCAAAUCAAUGAGUUGCAAGUGAUAUUCACGCAUACGAAUGGAUCUGAUGGCGAAAUAAAUUUCAUUUUAAGCGAUGGUGUACACACAACGAAGUCUUACACAAUUCUGGUCACCACAAAGCCAAUUCGUCUGAACAUCGAACACAAUAUGCCCCUUAAUGUCUUCCCCCUUACUAGGAAAUUAAUAUCAGACAAGCUCUUAUUAACGACGUGUUCUGACGAAGCGAGGGAGAUUAGAUACAUUGUGCGAAAUGGACCCCAUUUAGGCAAAGUUAUAAUGGAGACAAGUGAAGGGGUGUGGCUUGAGGUCGAGCGAUUUACUCAGAAAGAUAUAAACAAUAGUAAAGUAAUUUACGAGCACACCAAGCAGUUCAUGGACCUUACGGCCAAUGACUCUUUCACAUUCGACGUCGAAACACACUUCGCUGGAACUUUAACAAAUCAGGUUUUCCAAAUAGAUAUAUCAGUUUCGAGCGGAGGCUUAGAUCGAUAUAUUUCCACGAAAAACGUGAGAGUCAUUGAGGGUGGCUCCGCGGAGGUCGUCAUGAAUAUAAGCGGCAUCGUGUCAUUUCUACAAAUUAACGCCGGCAUCCCGAAUCCGGUGGUAUUGUCGAGAUUGGUUCACCAACCUAGUCAUGGACACGUGAUGUUACUACCCGAUUUAAACGUGACCACUUUUUCGCAACCGCAAAUCGAGGGCGGAAAAAUCGCUUACUAUCACGAUCACUCGGACACCCUGGAAGAUCGCAUUCAAUUCUCGCUGCACUUGACACCCGGCCACGUAUUACUUUGCAACACCAGCAUUCCCGUCGUCGUCGAGCCGAUCAACGAUCAGCCUUUCAAACUCGUCACCAACAAUCCGUACCUCAAGGUCGUGCAAAAUCAAAAUCAGACCAUCACCCGGGAGAACCUUUUGACCACCGAUCCUGAUACUCCGCCGGAAGAAAUUAUAUACGACGUGAUUUCAGGGCCGACAUUCGGUAGAUUACUGCUUUUGCCAUUUGAUCAAAACACCUCGGAGGUGCGCCCGGUGGAGAAGUUUACCCAAUACGACGUGGACUCUAAUCGAAUGGUAUACGAACACAAUGGCACGUUACAAACCGCUUCUUUCUACUUCAGAGUCUGGGAUGGCGUCUACAAUCCGAUCUAUAGGGUUUUCAAUAUCCACAUUUUAGCUAUACGACUGAAUGUGACGGUAUCCGGUCCGGUAAAUUUGCAGCAAGGUUCAAACGUGGCGCUUAUCACGGAGAACGAUAUUAAGCUCGAUACGAACGCGCGUCAAGAUUUGGUGACUUACGAGAUUACGACGCAUCCGAAACACGGAAUAUUGUACGUACGGGACGGCGCUGCAGCGACGUUCAAGCAGACCGAUCUGCUGUCGAAAAGCGUGAUGUUCAUGCAGACCGAUAUGACAGUGUCGAACGACAGCUUGGAAAUGUCGGCGCGAUUGAGCGGUUUCGAGCAGAAGCACAUACGCGUAGAGAUCAAGGUCGUGCCUCUCAUGAUCAUGAACUCGAUGACGGCGUUGGCGGGCGAAAAGAAUCGAAUAACCAUACAAUAUCUGGACGCGACUCCUCUAGCGAAGUUAAUUCCAGUUAGGACCAGCAAUCCCCUUUACACCGUCGUGAGGAAGCCAAAAUACGCGAAGAUCAAGAGGAUCAUCAGGAGCUCCUCGUCGUCCGGCGAGAAGAGAGGCGCGCGCGAGCGAGAAGUGACGCGUUUCUCACACCAGGAGAUUAUCUCGGGAGUGAUAUAUCUGGUAUGCAGAAAAAUACCGUCGAUAGACGGUGUCGCGGACAGCUUCAGCUUCACUCUCGCGGCAUCCAUCUUCCAGCCGGCCGUGGGCGACUUUGAAUUUCACAUUAAGCUCGACAUAGACGACGACAAUAUCACACUGGGCGGUCCAAUGGAUCCGGUCGGUCACGAGGGCGAGAUGGCGAUCGCGCCGAACAUGAGCAACGAUUAUCUGCUGAUCCUCGGCAUGUUGCUCGGCGUGUUCCUUCUCGGAGUGGUCGUGAUCAUCACGAUCAGGUGUCGGCACAACAAAUACAAGCACGCCGAGGAGGAAAAACCGGAGACCACGCCUGCCGUCGGGGUGAUGCCACUUCCCAGACCUCCGGAUCAUUUGAUGCCCGCCACUCCACACCUCAAGCCUUUUAGUAACGAUCACAACAGCGUGACGGCCAGCACGCCUUUGCCGAUGUUGCCCUCGACAUUACCGCAGUGUAAGGUGAUACCCUUGAGCCCUCUGGAAAGCGGUUCGGAGGUCGACGUGUCCGCAAGAUAUCCCUACGGCGUGGCGGACGGCGAUGAAUGGAGUAGCUUCGACACUUCCGAUCUACCCUGCCAGUCGGCCACAACUCAAAGGACCAAGAAGAACCCGUUGCUGAGGAGGGAUCAGUACUGGGUCUAGCAGGAGAGAAACACGUUGCGGUUUACGCGAAGUAAGCCGUAGCGACUCUCGACGUAUUUCAUACGAAAAUUGUUCGAAAUUGUACGAGACUAUCGUGGAUAUCAUGGACUUAAUGUGCCUAAGAAAAGUGAAAUCUGCGACGAAGUUUUACAGAGAUCGUUCGUUGAAGCCCGAAAUUAUCGCGCCAAACGUGUAUCGAAUAAUAGUGAACUGACACUCGAUGAUUGUCAGCGUCCGAUCUCGAUAUAGCAGCCGAUAAUUGGAAAAGCAAAGGAACUCUUAGAUUAUUGGAGAGACCUAUGAAUCGAAACCUCGAUGAUUAAUAAUUCGCGAUCCGGGAUAGUUCGCAGUGUCUCGUGUACUAUUAGCCUAAAACAGGAUAUAAGCAGGAAAUCUAGAUCUUCUUGAAUGUCACGACUAUCGCCGCUAUCACGAGCUCAAUGUGCCUAAGAAAUGUCUGACUCUGCUGACAUUCUUUCCAUUAAUCACAACAUGUCGAUUUUUCGUAUAUGUCCACACUACGCCCCCUUUCUUCCGGCGGAUCGAGAUAAAUUCGAUCGACUGAAAAGGCAGACCGAUUGUUCACUGAAGCAAGAUUUUUAUGACGAACUCAAUUCUGGUCUAAGCGAAAAAGUCCGUCGGUUUACUGACUCGUUCUAGAGUACAGAUUUUUCAGAAAAAAUUUUUGUGUUCCUUUACCUCCUUCCAUUUUUACACCUUUUGUAAAAAUCUAGGAUAGUAAGAUCGUUAUAUAAAAGUGGCAUUUAUCGAUCCCUACUGUCGUAAGUUCCACAUAAAAAUCGAAGCAUCAAGACUUAAAAAAAAAAACGGAACUUUCGUUUUAAAGCUAUAAACAAAGGAAACAUCGAGUAAUCGGGUUAAUACAGGAACUUUGUGACACUGUAUCGUACAAUGAUCAAAUAUAUACAAUGUAAUCGAGAAUAUGUAUGUUCCUGUUACUUGUUACUUGCCACCAAAGAACGCAAACAAAAUGCAUUUAUAUUAAUAGCUAUACUCGAGUUUCGACAUAUCUUUUUAUACCGUCGUACUGUGUACAAGUCAAACUCUCAUUUUGCCUUUUAUAUAGAUCUCGCAUGCGAUCAUUUCAUCCUAUCGAUAUCCCGACUGUUUUGAUGUUGCUCAUAUCGUGCAAAUAAACGUUAAUUAAUAAGACAAUUAACAUUUUGUCCGGCGAAAUGCAGGAAGAUCUCGAGUUGCUCUUUUUACGACAAUAUAAUAACACGUAUUUUAUCUUUAUGUAGCGAUAUGCAUUGAAUUACGGUUGUCUUGUUAAAAAUGUGCCAUAACAGCAGAUUAAUAAUUUUUUCUGAAU